GGAGGACCGACCGACCCGGGAGCCUUGAGGGGAGAGUGUGUGUAUCUCAUACAUGAAGAUAUUUACCAGUAACAAGGAGAAUGAGGUGGUUUGUAAUGGAAUUGUCGUUAUUUGGGAUUCGUUCCAGAGGAUGUCGUUCGUGUCUUCCAUGCUGGUGGUUCAAGGUUGCACAUAGCAGCAGAAGAAAUAUAAAAGGUAUUUUCAACAGGAAGUAUAGCACUCUCCCAGGGGACAUUAAGUCAUUGCGCACCAUUAUUAAUCCAGACAUCUCUAAAAUAAGGAACAUUGGAAUCAUGGCACAUAUCGAUGCAGGAAAAACCACAACCACAGAGAGGAUACUUUAUUAUGCAGGAUACACCAGGACACUUGGGGAUGUUGAUGACGGGGACACAGUGACCGAUUUCCUGACACAGGAGCGUGAGCGUGGGAUUACCAUCCAAUCAGCUGCUGUCACCUUUGACUGGAAAACCCAUCGGAUCAAUUUGAUAGAUACACCAGGUCAUGUGGAUUUUACAAUUGAAGUUGAACGUUCUUUACGUGUUCUUGAUGGAGCAGUGGCAGUAUUUGAUGCUUCAGCUGGUGUAGAGGCACAAACCCUGACAGUAUGGCGACAGGCAGACAAACAUCAUGUUCCUCGUAUAUGUUUCUUAAACAAGAUGGAUAAACCUAGAGCCAGUUUUUCCUACUCAAUUGAAAGCAUUAAAGAGAAGUUGAAAGUUAAACCACUUUUGCUACAGCUGCCCAUUGGAACAGGGAAGACAUUUAAGGGGGUAGUUGACAUAGUCACAAAUGAAAAAGUUCUUUGGUGCCCAAACUCCACUGAUGAUGAUGACGGCACGGUCUUCAGCCGAGAUCCUUUGACGCCAGCAGAUGGCCAUGAACUAUUAAAGGAAGCUAGAGAUGCAAGAUAUAGCCUCAUAGAACAAGUAGCAGAUCUGGAUGAUGAAUUUGCUGAAUUGGUUCUGGAAGGAUUAAGUGAGAACCUGGAUGCUGUUUCAGCUGAAAAUUUAAAUGCAGCAAUCCGCCGGGUCACGUUAGCACAAACAGCAGUACCAAUUUUGUGUGGAAGUGCACUAAAAAAUAAGGGCGUGCAGCUGUUAAUGGAUGCCAUCACAAUGUAUCUGCCAGCCCCAAAUGAAUGCCAGCAUGACUUUAUACGUUCUUAUGGGAGUGAUCUAUGUGCUCUUGCCUUUAAAGUUGUUCAUGAUAAACAGCGUGGACCUUUGGUAUUUCUUCGUAUCUACUCUGGGACUUUGAAACCUCAGUCAGCUGUUUAUAACAUCAACAAAAACUGCACGGAACGAAUGAGCCGUCUUUUACUACCUUUUGCUGAUCAGCAAAUCGAGAUCCCUGCGCUGCAGGCUGGAAAUAUUGCGCUGACUGUAGGACUCAAACAGACAGCCACUGGUGACACUAUAGUUUCAUCAAAGUCACUGGCAGCAGCUGCAGCCCGUCGAGCAGAGGUCGGCUCUGGGAAGAGACACAUUGAGCAGGAGAGACCAGUGCUGGCUACAGUCGAGAUUCCAGAACCUGUUUUCUUCUGUACAAUUGAGCCACCCUCUAUGGCGAAGCAACUAGAUCUGGACCAUGCUCUUGCCUGCCUUCAGCGGGAGGAUCCCAGUUUAAAAGUGAAGAUCGAUUCAGAUUCUGGUCAGACUAUUUUAUGUGGAAUGGGAGAACUGCACAUCGAGAUAAUCCAUGAUCGAAUCAAGAGAGAAUAUGGAAUUGAAACAUAUCUCGGACCCCUCCAGGUGGCUUAUAGAGAAACUAUAAUGGAGUCUUCCAACUCAAGUGAUACUCUUGACAGAACAGUAGGGGAUAAACGUAACCUGGUAACAACGGAGCUUUCUGUCCGCCCCUGGCUAGGGGAAGGGUCAAAAUCAAUACCUCUAAUUGAGAUUUCGGAUCACAUAAUGGAACAGUUUUCUACAGAAACUCACCGUGCUAUAGAAAAUGGAAUCAAAAACUCAUGUCUUCAAGGUCCUCUGUUAAGGUUCCCAGUUCAGGAUGUGGUGGUUACCUUGCAUUCUCUAAGUAUACAUCCUGGAACAUCCAUGCCAAUGAUUUCUGCUUGUGUGUCACGUUGCAUGCAGAAGGCAUUAAAGCAGGCUAGAAUCCAGGUGCUUGAGCCUGUGAUGAACUUGGAAAUCACAGUGGAUGAGAAUCGCCUGAGUGUGGUGCUGGCAGAUCUGGCUCAGCGAAGAGGAAACAUCCAAGAAAUUCAAAAUCGGUUAGACAACGGGGUCGUUUUGGCAUCUGUGCCACUUGCAGAAAUGAUGGGUUACUCAACUGUUCUUCGCACUUUGACCUCGGGUAACGCUACUUUCACUUUGGAGCUGUCCAGCUAUGAGCGGAUGAGUCCACAGGACCAAAACACACUCUUCAACAAGAUGAUGGGCACUAUGUGAGGUCCUGUUCAAAUGGAGAAACUGAUCAACUGACUGAUACUGUAAAUUGUACUGCAAAGGUGCACUUUCAUAUUGGAACAGAAAAUAAUUCACUGCAGUAUCACAGGAACACUGACUCUGGGGUUUCUGUAGGAUGUUCCAGAAAUCCCAUUGGGAAAAAAAACAUCUUCCUGGGACAGAAUUUCAGACUAUACCGAUCAGCGCUUAGGCCAAGAUUUAUGAUUCAAAAUCCCCAAUCUAUAUUAACUAAGAUAAUUGUCAAGAAGAUAAGAGUGUAAAGUGAACCUUGGUUGGGUAUGCACUGUUAGAAACCAUGAGGCAGAUCAUUCCAGCACAUCUUUAUCUGAAUCUAAGGACCCAAUAAUAUAAACAGUGAAAUUAUUUUACUGCUGUUUAGAUGCCAAAAAAGUUCCAUUAAAUUAAAAUUCAGACAUUAUCUUAAAUGUUCCUUAUUAUUCCAAAACCCAAGUAAAGUUUUAACUGUACAGUUAAUGUACCAUUUUGGAAGAGGUAAUAGCUUUUGGGAUUUUGCUUAUUCAGACUCAAAUUCUCUUUCCAAUACUUGAAACUUGGACAUUUAUAAUUUACAUUGAGCUUGUAGAAACUGUGUAUGGACAUGAAAACAAAACAGUCUCCACAAUGUUUUUUUAACCAUUGUCAGCCAUGUUCUAUCAUGUCCCUUAAGUAGAGUUUGCAUUUACUAUUCUAAACGCCAAAAUAAAUAAGGGGCAUGUUCUUUUUUCCUGUUUGUAUCAUCAAACUGAUGAAGAGUCUCAUCUGAAACAGUGAUUGUCCAUUUCCCUCACAGAUACUGCCUGACCUGCUGACUUGCUCUAGCAUCUUGUUUUUUGCUUCAGAUUCUAGCAUGUGCAAUCUCUUGUGUCUCCGUUAUAGGAAAUAAUGCUGGAUAAAUGAUCAAUUUGUCUGUUUCAUCCAAACUCAAUUCUAAUAUAAUUUUUAAAACAAUUAAGACAUGGGGCAGAGGAGAAUUAAAAUGCUAUUUCUUCCAAUUUUCCAGGAUUUUCUCAGCUCUUUCACUUAUGAUGUUAGAUUAAUGUGGAGUUCCUUCUGGAAGUUCAUGCCCAUUGUGUGAUUCUUAUGAACUCACAGCCUGAGGAACUCAAGCAGGUGGCACCUCAGCAGAGGUAUGGGAAGUUUGCUAGUGCUAUUGGAAGGAUUUAAAGUAGCUUGGUAGGAAGAUGGGAACCUCAAAGGGAAUUCACAUAGCAGAGAAGCAAAGCAAAAAGGGAAUUUAGCAAAGUAGUAAGUGGAGUCAACGGUAAUAAAAAGAAGUCAAGCAGCAAAGGGGGUCAAAGUACAAAAAGUUGUUAAAAUGACAAAAUCAAAGCCCCUGUAUCUGAAUGCCCACAACAUUCACUAUAGGAUAAAUGAAUUAUUUUCAAAUACAAGUAAAUGGGUAUGAUCUCAUUGCCAUUAGAGAAAUGUGGCUGCAGGAUGACCAAAGCUGAGAAGUAAAUAGUCCAGGGACAUUUAACAAGGAAAAGGAAAAGUGGGGGGGGAAUGCAACUUUAAUAAGGGCAGUGAUGAGAAAUGAUCAUGGCUGAGCAGAUGAUGAUGUACAACUAGAAUCAAUGUUGUUCUAUCCAAGAAGUAAGAAGGGGUAGAAAAUAUUGCCAGGAGUUAUUUAUAGGCCAUCAAAUAGUAGUUGUAAUAUUGGGCAUGGCAUAAAUCCAAUUAGAAAUGUAGUGUCUGGCAUAAUAAAAUAAUCAUGGGAGACUUAACUACAUGUCAUAGCUAAAGCUUUUUUGGAGAAAAACAGGCUUAGAGUUACCAUGGCUGAUUGUCCAGUUACACAUUAAACAAUCCAUCCUUG